GUUCACGUUAAUGGUUAACCUUGUGUUAUGUUAUGUAGUGAUGCUUAAAUGAAGUGGAAGAUGCCGUCUUUGUAAGCUAGCCGUUUUCUAGCCCCGUUAUGUUGAGGGGGACAACAAUUUGAGAGUUUAUACCUCCCCCGAUACCAAGGCAAUUUUCUUUCUUCCGUCUUUCUGCAGACAGUCCGUGUCAGUCUGUUCCGUCUGCUCAAAGUACUAGAGUCUGCAAUUGUUGGGGAAGUUAUACAGUUGUCGUGCAAUCCGAUCAACCGUUCGGGAUCGACCGCGAAUCAUCAUUCCUCCAUCAUGCACGCACCCUCUCCACCGUCUACUCCGUCACACUCUUCAUGGAAAUCUGUCUUUCGCCUACCAAGUUCGUCGAAGAAGCAUCGUACUGUCAAACAUACUUCUGCAGUACCCAGUCCGUCUCUGACUCCUGGCUCAUUCCUCCCUAUCGACGAACGUUCCUCCUACAACUCUUCGAAUACCCAGUCCAGUGAUUCCAACGUGGGAGCUACACCGAGCUCUCCGUACCUUGUGCCUGAUUCCCGACCCUUUCCUCACCAGUAUCAACAGCAGUCGUCUGUCUCGAAUGUCGAAGCGAAUGGAAUGACUGCCACGGCAUCGCAGCAGUCAUUCGCACUCCCGCCUGGUCAUGCUGCUUCUUCGAGUCGUUCGGGACCUUUGUCUCCUCGCGCAAUGGGAGCGUCUGCUACUCGUUUUAUUCGUCGCGUCGCGUCCGCGCCAAACGCGAAGCAUCUUUUUUCUUCUGGCGGUCGGUCAGCCGCACCAACGAAAAAUGGUCUAUUAGCACCUGCAGAUAUGGUUCCACCGGUACCCGGUGCACCGUCAACGUCAUCGGAUCUCGGUGAUGAUUCGUUAGAGACUCUGUCGUCUAGUUCCUCAAGAGGGAGAUCCAAUCGGCACGAACGGUAUCCUGGUAGUUCACAUCUGUCAAAGACAAGAAUUGUGAAUGGAGUGCAUGAUGGUCCUGGAAAAAUGGCUUUCAGACGGACGUAUUCCAGUAAUUCUAUCAAAGUUCGACAGGUCGAGGUCGGCCCGUCAAGCUUCGUGAAAAUUAAAAUGCUUGGAAAGGGCGACGUCGGACGUGUGUACCUUGUGCGAGAAAAGAAGACUGACAAGCUUUUUGCUAUGAAAGUCCUGUCCAAAAAGGAGAUGAUCGAACGUAAAAAGAUAAAACGUGCUUUAACCGAGCAAGAAAUUCUUGCCACUUCAAAUCAUCCGUUCAUCGUAACCCUCUAUCACUCCUUCCAGUCGGAAGAGUACCUCUACUUCUGCAUGGAGUACUGCAUGGGUGGCGAGUUCUUCCGGGCCUUGCAGACUCGUCCGGGCAAAUGCCUUCCGGAAGAUGGCUCACGAUUUUAUGCGGCGGAGGUUGUGGCGGCCUUGGAGUACCUGCACUUGAACGGCUUCAUAUACCGCGAUCUCAAGCCAGAAAAUAUUCUCCUCCAUCAUUCCGGCCAUAUUAUGCUGUCGGAUUUCGAUCUCGCUAAACAAUCUGGGCAUCCUGGGGGCCGUCCUGCGACGAUUCACCAGCUAGAGCCAAACGGGAUACCUAUGAUCGAUACGAUGUCGUGCACAGCAGAUUUUCGGACAAACUCGUUUGUGGGCACUGAGGAGUACAUCGCGCCUGAAGUGAUUGCUGCACAGGGCCACACUGCUGCGGUGGAUUGGUGGACACUGGGUAUCUUAAUAUACGAAAUGAUUUUCGCCACCACGCCCUUCAAGGGGAAAGAGAGGAAUGACACCUUUGCCAACAUUCGGUCUCUGCCAGUUCAUUUCCGAGACGCACCUAAAAUUACGAGCGCUUGCAAGGAUAUCGUCAAUCGGCUACUCGACAAAGACGAACGAACUAGGAUAGGCAGCAGGAGCGGAGCCAGCGAAGUCAAGCAACAUAAAUGGUUUGCCAAAAUGAACUGGGGUUUGUUGCGUCACCAGCGGCCACCGAUCGUUCCAUCGUCCUCAAAUGGUCUUGAUGCGGUGAAUUUCCGGCAUUUGAAGGAAUCACGCUCGCUUCAUCUAGAGGAACAAAUCCGGGGCGUAGCAGGCGCGAACGCACCGGCUGGUCCUGGAACGCCCGGGUGUGAUGAUGGGAUGGAUGUACCAUCAGAUGGUGAUCUGUUCGGCGCGUUCAACAGUGUCACACUACACUAUGAUGGGGAAAGCUGAGGAAGAUCUUUUUCCGCCAUAUUUCCGUCGACAUCAUGCCGUGCUUGGUCACUAUGCCAGGGUGGCUACCAAACAUCGGAUGCGAUCGCCGGUCGAUGAUGGUUUGGGUAUGAUACUUUAUUCUUUCUUUCGUCUGUGAUACAUACCAUCCACUGCUUCAUCUCGUUCAUUCCAUUGACGCUCUGCUUGCAUUUUUGUUUCUCAGGGGGAAAAAUUUGGUUCACUUGUAUUAUUUCAGCACACACCCAUAUCUUUGCACUUUCAACCUUGCCGCACUUGCCGAAGCCUUCAAUCUAACCAUCUAUCACUCGCUUUUAGUGUUAUUAUGCCCGACAACUUACGAUCUAUCUUAAUCAACUGAUCAUGACGCAGUAGAGCCGCUCACAUAGAUAGAAAAAGAGACGACGGUGUUGAUUUUGAAAA